AGAGACACAGAGGAGAGGAGAAGGGAGUGGGGAGAAGGAGAGUAAAGGAGAGGGAGGAUGGAGCGGCCGCAGCGCAGUCCACCUUUCUGGGUUUCUCGGCCUUACUAAAGGAUUACUGUUUUUUCCUUUCCAGGCCGGUUCUCAGCGUUUGCCUUGUGGAAAGCUCGUCUGUAUGCGCUCUUUGACGUUAGUCGCCGGGCCCCUGGCACAAAAUGAAUGCACCAUAAAGCCGCAUUGACUCCUUUGGUCCGGAUUUACCAGCAUGAAUUCGUUACUGUUUGCGGAUACGGCCUCCGGAGUGCCGGUCAGCUGCCCCGGUGCUGGGGGAGCCUCAGUGGCACCCGGCGCCUUGCGGAACGAUUUGGGUUCCAACAUCCACGUCUUGAAGACUCUCAACCUGCGUUUCCGUUGUUUCCUCGCCAAGGUUCAUGAGCUGGAGAGGCGAAAUCGACUGCUGGAGAAACAGCUGCAGCAAGCCUUACUGGAGCCUCCGCGAUGCCCGAUGCCCAGCACCCGGGAGGAGGCGGUGCAGACCGACCUGGAGCCCCCGCGCCCAUCCCGCCUGCCCGGUACGAUCUGGAGCUUCACGCACGUGCGUCGUCAGGGGGAGCGCUUCGAGACGCUGCAGGGACCCGGGGUGAGCUGGACGCAUCCGGAUGGGGUCGGGGUACAGAUCGACACCAUCACCCCCGAGGUCAGAGCACUAUACAAUGUACUGGCCAAAGUGAAGAGGGAGCGAGACGACUACAGGAGAAGAUGGGAAGAAGAAGUCGCCCGGAGUCAGCAGAUGAAUGUCUUGGUGCAGACUCUUCAGGAGAAUGCCCAGGAAUCAGAGGUCAUCCAGGAUGAGCUGAGUGAGAAAGUAGAGCGACUAAAGGCUGAGCUUGUCGUCUUCAAAAGCCUCAUGUCAGACCAAAUAACCGACCUUGACACCAAAAUCCAGGAGAAAGCCAUGAAGGUGGACAUGGACAUCUGUAGACGCAUUGACAUCACAGCAAAGCUGUGUGAUGUGGCCCAGCAGCGCAACUCUGAGGACAUGUCCAAAAUGUUCCAGAUGACCUCAGCCACUAAGAAAAGGGACCGUAAGCCAGUAUCAGAUGAGGACAGCUCAGAGAUGGAUGGUGAGACGACAUGCAACUCUGAGGAUGACCUUCCAGGAUCACUGAAUAUAACAGACGAGAUGAAGCGCAUGUUAAACCAGCUAACUCGUUCAGAUUCUUCCUUUGUUGCCAGGAGAGAAACAUUUGAUUUUGACGAUGACUGUGACAGUCUGACAUGGGAGGAGAAUGAGGAGACGCUGCUGCUCUGGGAAGAUUUCACCAAUUACAACACGGUGGCUGCCAUUGCAGGAGGAGCCACUUGCGAUGUUCAGGCCGAGAAUUCACAAGAUGAAAGUCUGGGAAAUCUAAUUGAUGAAACGGAAUCACUCUUUAAAACGAGGGAGCAGGAAUACCAGGAGACAAUCGACCAAAUUGAGAUGGAGCUUGCCAAUGCCAAGAGUGACAUGAACCGUCAUCUCCAUGAAUAUAUGGAGAUGUGUAGCAUGAAGCGAGGGCUAGAUGUGCAGAUGGAAACAUGCCGACGGCUUAUCAAGCGCUCUGGUGGCAGGAAUUCACCAUCCUUCAGUUCAGUAGCAAGCAGCGACUCGGGAAACACAGAUGAAAUUCCUGAUGAACUGGAGCGGGAUGUAGAGGUGGACAGUUCUGUCAGCUGAUAACUGGUGAAGAGAGCUACAAAAGAGGCCUUUAAAGACAAGUGGGGAGUGCCGGGUUGCCCAAAAAGUGAAGAGGCAACUGUCUUAACCACUUUGCUGGGAUUAAGAUUUGUUACCCCCUGUCCUGCCCCACAGGAUUGGUGCUGUACGUUACAAUUUUUUUUUAACUCGAGAACUAAUUUUGCUUCAUGAAUUUCAGUAAAAAAAAAAUGAAAAUGAAAA